CGAAGUUAGCUUCCAUGCUAACAGUGCAGCUUUAAAUAAGCUUUAUUAACACUGUAGGUAAACAGCGUCAUGUCUUCUCCGGCUGCACUCAGUCCGGAUCAGUCCUCCUGCAGCUCAGACACCGGGGACGUUUUAAUCCGCUCCACACGAGUCCUCCACCCGGACCGGACCGGUCCCGGAGGCGGACCGGGACCCGGAUCCGUCCAGAUAACCGUCCGAAAACUGCGGGACUUUCGUCCUCCUACUCUGACCGAACUGAGACAGAAUAAGCAGCGGCGGCGGAGUCCCAGACAGAACCCGGAUAUCGCUGCUUCACAUCGGUCAGCAGCGUACUUAAAGCCCCGUAAGAUCUCCGGAGGAGGAGACGGAAAACUCGCUGAGGCGAUGGACACAGGUGACGACGUCCUUACGUCACGGUUUGCAUCUGGGGGUCGAGGAGUCGUGCUGGCGGCUUUGAAGCAGCGCUCUCACAGCGCCCCCCGCAGGAGGGAGGUCAAAGUUCACUUCUUGGACCCGAUGCCGCUCCACUCUGCGGGAAACCCCCCGGACUCCCCUGCUCUGAGCUCCCGGGAUGCAGCGAAGGAUGCUGGGGUCCAGAUGGAGACGCCGCUGUCCUCUGGUGACCUGGGAGAUGCCAGUAGCACUGCCGCCGCCGCUGCCACUGCAGCUUUGGCAGCUGCUGCUCCUCUCUUCAAGGCUCAGUCUGAUAUGGAGGCUCGAGUGGCUCAGCUGGCUGACGGCAUCCAGAAGCUGCUGCAAGCUGACAGGGAGGGUGGGGACAGAGGGCGGAGCAUGAGCCAGCAGACACUGCAGCACCUGGAGAUGCUGCAGUGCCAGCAGGUGCAGCUGCAGAGCCAGCUGCUGGAAUCAGCCCUCAGGAUAGCGAGCGGCCAUGCUUCAGACCCGCCGACGCACCUGCAGGUCACACACCUGGAUGCUGCAGCAGCAAACAGCCUCGGCGCCCAGCCACCGAGCUCCUUGCCAAAUGUAGCUGUCCCUCCUGCCCCAGUUACCAUGGAAACGCAUCGCCUUGACCAAUGGGCAGAUCAAACCAGACAUGCUCACAUGCCUGAAAGGUCUCAGCUCCGGUCUUUAGCCAAUCACAGCUGGGAGGCAGCGAGGAGAGCCAAUGACGUACUGCAGGAGAUGAAGCGUCUGAAGACUGAGAUGAAGAUGCUGCUGACGCAGCCAGAAGACCCUCUGAAAACCAGCAGACCUUCACCGAAGCACCAGCAAUCCCAACAAACCCAGUCCCAGUCCCAGCAAACCCAGUCCCAACAAACCACCUCAAAGGAAAAUCGCCCGAGGUCCCGAUCUUCCCACCUCCAACAAAACUUAUCCCAUGAAAACAGUUUACAGUCCCAGCAAAACCAGUCCAGACUACCCCAGCCCAAUAAAACCACUGAUGAAGAACAUAACCUCUGGUCCCAGCAGUCCCAGUCUGUGCUGGUCCAGAGGAGGUCCGCGGUCCCGUCCCUGCUGGAGGAGGCGGGUCAGGUUCUCCAUCAGGUUCGAAAGCAGAAGAAAGUUCUGGAGGAGAACCUGGAGGCUCUGCUCAGAGCCCGGACCGGAGAGGUUCUGCACUGCCAGCUGGAGGCGCUAGCUGCUAACAGAGACCACAGCGAGGAGGUCCGCAUCAAGAAGACAGUGGACGCCUGGAUCAGCAGGUUAAGCAGAGACAUCCAGAGAAAGAGCAGAAGAAGUAAAACGGGGACUGACCCUUUUCUGCCUUGCCAUCAGGCUGAGAUGUCCUCAGGGAACAUCAGAAACCAUCACUCAGCUGUGGACGCUGAUAGCUCCGCCCACUCAGGGAAGGAGAGGCCAGUGGGCGCGCUCAGAGGAACAGGAAGUAUGAGGACAGCGAGGAGAGGAAGCAGAGGGCAGAGAGCCGGAAUCAGAGCGGGGGUGGAGCCUAACCGAGGCACAGGUGGAGCAGCUGAGCGUCAUCAGUUGGAAGUGGACGGAGAAUCGUACCUGACCCGGCUGUAUGGCCGGGCGCCGUAUGAAGGUCUGAGACGGACCCUGAAGAAGAGUCCGUACCUUCGCCUCAGCUCACCUGCCUCACCACUCGGAAGGAAGCCCCGCCCCCGACUAGUGGAGAGUGUCCGAGGUGUGAAGCUGAAGUCCUCCAAGACUCAGACCAGCCUGGCCCCACCCCUCACUCAGCCCCAACCAAUCAUUUCAGCCCCUCCCUUUGCUUCCUCCUCACCUGGACGAUCUCACAUUUUCAGCUCAUCACACCUGACCUCAGGUCACUUUGAUGACCUCAGCAUGACCCCUGCAAACAGCUGCCCUGUCGCCAUAGCGAUCCCACUGGGUCCACCCCGGAUGGACUCCAGGUGUGAGCAUCCUCAGGAAGUGACAUCAGCGCUCGCUGCCCCUCCAACAGCCUCUGUGGGCGAUGAAGCACCUGACCAGCAGCUCCUGGAGGCAGAACAAGCUCCUCCCCGUGCUCCAUCACACACGAUUGACAUCAUCGAAGGGAACGAGGAAGAAGUGGAAGAGGACGACUUCUUCCCUGGAACUGACUUCCUGUCUGUUGUUGAUGUUGUGCAGCAGGAGGUCAGCGUGUCGGGUGAGGAGGCCGUGGAGCUGGACGGGGGUCCGUCUCCCCCUCCGGUCCUCUACCAGGGUCCCAUCUUCCCUCCCCAGGCUCCCUCUGCCCUCCCAGCCCAGGAUCAGGUCCCCGUCCUGGGCACGGUCCUGCAGCGGGACGUCCUGGAGACCCGGCUGGUGGAAUGGGUGGAGCAGCAGCUGAUGUCCAGGAUGAUCUCAGAGCUGUACUGGCCCCCGCCUUCUGACCACGCCCACAAUAGCGACGUGGACCAGUCAGAUCCAGAGGAGCGCAGCGUCACCUCAGACAUUGUGGAGGCAGCAGGAGACGCAGGCCUGCAGCUGUUCGUGGACGCCAGCGUGCCCGUGGACUCUGAGUUAAUCCGGCAGCUGGUGAACGAGGUUCUGGCUGAGACUAUCGCCCUGAUGCUGGGCCAGAGAGACCCGCUGGGCGCAGGACCAGACCCGGCGCUGGAAUCAGCAGGACCAGCAGACCCUCAGGAGAACGAACCGCUCCCAUUGGUCCCCACACCGGAACCAACCCCACCGCCCAGCCCGGCCCCGCCCAGCAGAGAGACUACGGCAGUAACCACACCCCUUCCAUCAGAACCGACAAGCCCGCUGAAUAAGGAGCCUCCUCAACCAAUCGCACCACCAGGUCUUUUGGUGACCUCAGAGCUCGUAGCCACACCCACUCUCAGCCCAGAGCCCACCCCCUCUGCAGAAAGCCCAGCUACUGUACACCAAGCCCCGCCUCCCUUCACUUGGGAAGAAACUGAGCUUCCAUUGGAUGAGGAGAGACUGGUGGAAGACAUAACCACACACAAACCACCUCUGUUGAUGUCAGUAGCGGAGGAGGAACCUCCUCUCUCUUCUCCUCACCCUCCUCCUCCUCCCUCCCUCCCCCCUGCUCGCUCCCCUUCUCCUCCUCCUGAGGCAGGACCGGCGUCCCCCUCCACCUCCUCCGAGGAGUCCAGCAGCUCCAGCACGGUGACGGCCGGCACUGAAGCAGCUCUGAAACACAUCUCAGAGGGAGAGCUGCUCAUCAGUGCCAACCAGCCGGCAGCCAUGACAGGGGGCGGGGCUGUGUGUAGCUUCAACAGCUCUCUGCAGGAGCUGCAGGAUAUGGACUUUGACCCCCCCAGUGAAGGACAGGUGAAAGGUCGCGACCUCCUGCGGGCCCUGCUGACCAAAAUGGAGCAGGGAGUCACACAGAGAGGAGAGAGGCCUCAGCCCGAGGGCUCCUGGGAGGGGGCGGACGGGAAAGUAAGCUUCACCCACAGCGGUCAGUCCGGCUCACCUGGACAGAUCAGUCAGGCUGCAGAUGUGUCAGAGGUCAGCUUUGAAGCCACCAAUCAGGGCUCGUUUACUUUGGGCGACCUGACGGGGGAGCUAAUAGGUACACUGACCUCUGACCUCCACACAGAGCUGUCGCUGUCUCCUCCUCCACACCUGGAGAACACACACACUCCAGGACAGGUGCUGCUGGUCAGGACGUCCAACAGUCACACAGCUCGACAGCAGGAGGAGGAGGGAGGAAGCAGGAAGAUGGGCGUCCACCUGCCCGCCGUAAGACCUCCGGAGGAGGAGGAGGUGAUGGAGGCGUCGGUCAGUGCGGUGGCAGACUCGGAUUCCUCCACCAGCGAUGGUUUUUAAAAAGAAUAUUUUUAUAUUUCAACUCAUUUCAAAUAAAUAAAGUCUGAUGGAAACCAAA